UCCGCCCGAUUGGAGGUACUGCGCAUGAGCGAAAGUCGCGCUGCAGGUGAGGCCCAACCCCCCGGGCUGGUUGUUAAGGACGAGCCGCGCGCCUGCGCACGAGCCACGGCGGUGACAGUUGGCAGGUUGUUGUUGUUGUUGUGGGGGGGAGGGGAAUCCGGGGCCUAACCCGGAGCGGGAGAGCCGAUCCAUGGGCACCGUUACAGUCAUCAAUAAGGGUCAGUGACAUUAAAGUGUAGGUUCACGAUGCUGAUAAAGCGGUGAUUGUGUCCCCGGGUGGCGGGUCACGUUCACGGCUCCCUAUCCCGGUGUUCUACUUGUGUUUACUGCAGCGAGGAGCCUACCGAGGGCGGCCGGCCCUGCUGGCAGUGGCUGCAGGAGGCCAUGAGCGGCUCUGGGCCCAGGAAGUACAUCUCCAUCAGCGUCCCGGACAAACCCGACUCCAUGUCUCCGCACAUCAAGUCGGCGGAGGAGCUGCGGGUGAUCGGCUUCAACCUGAGUGACUUCUCCAGGACCGUGCAGUUCCUCGUCUGUGUGGCCGGGGUCUUCAUCUUCUAUCUCAUCUAUGGAUACCUGCAGGAGCUAAUUUUUUCCUUGGAAGGCUUUAAACCAUUCGGCUGGUACCUCACUCUGGUUCAGUUUGCUUUCUAUUCCACCUUCGGGCUGAUCGAGCUGCAGCUCACGCAAGACAAGAGGAGGAGAAUCCCUUGGAAAACAUAUAUGCUCAUAGCAUUUCUUACAGUGGGCACUAUGGGCUUGUCAAAUACCUCUCUGGGUUAUCUGAAUUAUCCAACUCAAGUAAUCUUUAAAUGCUGCAAGCUGAUUCCUGUUAUGAUAGGAGGAGUCUUCAUACAAGGGAAACGCUACAAUAUUAUAGAUGUGUCUGCUGCACUUUGUAUGAGUUUUGGUCUGAUUUGGUUCACUUUGGCUGAUAGCACAGUGACACCUAAUUUCAAUUUGACAGGAGUAACACUUAUCUCGAUGGCACUUUGCGCUGAUGCAGCUAUUGGAAAUGUACAGGAGAAAGCAAUGAAACUACAUAAUGGUUCAAAUUCAGAAAUGGUUUUAUAUUCCUACUCGAUAGGUUUUCUGUAUAUAUUAAUGGGUUUGUUUUGUACCCAUGGACUGGGCCCUGCUUUUGCCUUUUGUUCAAGGCAUCCUGUGCAGACGUAUGGUUAUGCAUUUAUGUUUUCAUUGACUGGAUAUUUUGGAAUUUCCUUUGUACUAGCUUUGAUAAAGCUGUUUGGUGCACUUGUUGCUGUAACAGUAACCACUGGAAGAAAAGCAAUGACAAUUGGGCUUUCAUUUUUCUUCUUUUCAAAGCCUUUUACCUUUCACUACAUAUGGUCAGGUCUUGUGGUCAUCCUUGGUAUCUUCCUAAAUAUUUACAGCAAAAAUAUGGACAAAAUCCAGCUGCCAUCACUGCUUGCUCUUUGGAAUGUAAUCAAGAAAAAACAAAUGAGGUCAAUGUCCCAGACUGUGUAGAGCCCACGGCAAUAUCCACUAUUGGGAUUUGGUCAGACCAAGCAGUCAUUAGUUGACUGAGUGAGGACAUUCUGCAGCAGUAGACCCGUGAGAUGGACCCAUGAUACGCAUGCGACUGAUGACUUUAGUUUUGCUGAAAAGCAAAUUUGACUAGUCAACAAUGGGGAAAAUAUGGACAGCACAGGUGUGGUAAAAGGGAACAAUACAAGACUUGGUCAAUGUUGUGCAUAAUUUCACAAAGAUUGUUUACUAAUAAUGUAUGUAAAAUUCCUGAUUUAUGAAUUUCAGUCACAUCGCUUGGCUUGAUUCUUAUUGCUUUGUAAAAGAAUCAAACAUGUAUUCUACAUUUUUUUCAUUCAGUGGAAAUUACUGAUCAGGGCCAAAUGGUUUUUAAAAAACUCCUUGUGCGUGUACAGUUUGACAAAUAAUUGUGUGGUACAGUAGUAUUUAAAGUGAUUAUUUAUCAUGAUUGUACAAUUAAAUAUACCUCUCAAGUACACUUAAUGCAUCUUGAUUGUACUGAGUUCCUAGAUCAAUGCACAGCAGUUGGAAGAUGUAAAACAUUGUGGUUAUGAAAUUUUCAUUGGACAGUGACCUUAAAUAGAUAAAUAUUUCUUUAUUGCACUUAAUUUAUUUGAGUGCAAAAAAGCGCCAUGUUAAGAAAUGAUUGCUGAACUUUGCCAAAACAUUUCCUAGUGCUCAGCACCUCGGGUGAAGCGUACUGCUCAUCUUUUUAUUAACAUAAAAGUCAGGGACGAGAGAAGUCCCAACUAUCCCAUAACAAAAUCAAUUUUGUGUUGUGGCCUUUAUAUUAUUCUGAUUUUGCACAAUGCCUUUUUAAGCCUUUAUGAUUUUUGAAAAGAAUGAUAAAUUGUAUUUUAAUGUGUUAGAGGUAAAUGUCUUUGAAUACAAAAAAAAUGAAACUGAGUAAAGCAUAUUGCUAAACUUUUGAA